GAAAUCAUCGUUCCGAUCAUUUACAAAAGUAUAGAAUUCUAUAUUUCCUUUGCAAGCUGUUUUAUUCCAUAUCUUAUAAUUCUAUAACAAAAAUUUAGUUUCAAUCCUAUCUACUACUUUGCUGGAUUGAUAACGUCGCAUGUGACACGAAAUGGGCGAUCAGGGCGAUCAUGUACCUCGUCAGUGUUACUACAUAAUGGUCACGAAGUCAUAACCUGUUGCAAGGGUAAAGAGGAGCACAGAAGAGUGAACUACACCGAUCAACCGAUAAUGGCGUUACAUACCAAAACCACAUUAUGACCGUGAUCAAAUUGCUUUACCCAGUUUCACAGAACCUAGUAUCUAUAGAAUGUAUGUCAAUGGUUUAUGCUGAUAACCGAAUUCAGUUUCGGGAUUUCGUAACUUUUAGAAGCAGAUUCCGCCCGAUCCCUCCCGAGCAUCUUUCAAUCCAUUCCAAUCCCAAACACACGCGUACCUACAUAUCUAUAGUAAGUGCUGAAUCGAUAACGUUGAAAAUGAUUCGAAAAUAGUAAGGGUCAAGGCUCUUAUCAGUGAUAUAAAAAUACAUUUAAUGUUGAGCUUUCUUCAUAUUUCGUUUGUAAUUCUUUAAAGUAGUAAUUUAAAUUCGGUGUAUAUCGAAAACUUUUAGAUAACAUCGAAUAAAGUUAAAAAUGACCAGGUGUAAAGUGAAGGUCGGAAUAAUUGGUGGUUCAGGUUUAGAUGACCCUCAAAAUCAAAUAUUAAAUUGUCAAACUAUAAUUACGCGAGAAAAGGCUAAAAAUGAGUUUGGAUUUCCAUCUAGCGAUCUUUACCACGGAAAUCUUAACGGUGUAGACGUGGUAUUAUUAUCAAGACAUGGACCAGGUCAUAUAACAAGUCCCACUGCAGUAAAUUAUCGUGCAAACAUUGAAGCUCUCCGCGUAGCUGGAUGUACUCAUAUACUUGCUUCAACAGCAUGUGGCUCUUUACAGGAAACUAUUUGUAGGGGACAAUUAGUUGUUCCAGACAGUUUCUUAGAUAGGACAACAAAAAGAAGUAUUACCUUUUAUGAUGGUACUUCACCUAAAUAUUUUGGAGUGUGCCAUAUGCCAAUGGAACCAGCUUUUGAUCCAACUACAUCUCAAAUAUUGUUUGAAGUUGGUAAAGAAUUAGGGUAUGACAUAAAAAAAGGAGGAACAAUUGUAAGUAUAGAAGGACCAAGAUUUUCUUCAAAAGCUGAAAGUAAUGCAAUGCGUUUAUGGGGAGGUGACUUAGUUAAUAUGACCACAUGUCCAGAGGUAUAUUUGGCAAAAGAAGCUGGACUUCUAUAUGCAGUUGUAGCAAUGGCAACUGAUUAUGAUUGCUGGAGAGAUUGUGAAGAUAAUGUUCAUGCAGCUGAUGUAAUGAAAGUAUUUAAGCAAAAUGUUAGUAAAAUAAGACAUUUACUUACAAAGGCAGUUAAACAUAUUGGUGAAAAAAAUUGGGACAAGGAAAUUGAUGCUUUACAUGAAUUAUGUCAGAGUAGUAAUGUUUCUUCUCAUACUUUAUAAGUUUGUGUAUUUGUAAUGUGACAGUAAGAAUGUACUACUUCGUAUUUUAGAUUUAUGUUAAGUUUGAUAACCAAAGCUGAAAUUUAUACAUUUUUUAUAAAGGUUGUAACAAUACAUAUUGUUCGUUUUAAUAAAUGAUAUAAUUAAAAUAAAAUGCGAUAUUUGUUAUCCAAUAUUAGUCAAUCUAAAUAGUCGACAAGAAAGAGAGAGGGAGAGCGAAAUGAUUAAAUGAUACUUUAUAUUUAAUGUGUACAUAGAUUAUAACAGAGUAAUUUCUUGAUCACAUACUCCAUUCAAGAAUUCAUUUAUUCAUAGAUUUAACAUACAGUUAUCAUUUAGCUAAUAUUGUCAUCACUGUGACUGAAAUGUUUUUACAACUGGAAUUUAAAAAUUAUAUAUUAUUAAUAUAAUAUUGCAAUUGAUUUUGGAGUAUAUAAAACAAUACAUUUUCACAAUUAUCAGUAUGAUACAUAUAACGUUUUUAAUACAUAGAACAUUUUCAUUAUUUAACGCAUAGGAAAACUUUUCUUUUAUAAAAUUUAAUCGAUGACGAUAAAAUUUCGUUUACUUUUUAACACUUUAUCGUCAACUGUAUAAUAAUUUAUAGUUUGAAAUACAAAUGCGCUUCGAAACACUAAUGAAUUAAUGAUUAUUAUUCAAACGGAAAUUAUAAACUGAAUUAUCUUCCCAUAGGUUAAAAUAUGUUUGUUUAAAUCAGGAAAAAUACUAUAUCUGUAGACCAUUCUAUUUCUCAAACGUAUGUAUAGAAUAAAAUUGAAUAUAUUCAGACAUACGAUUCGAUUUACAUCGUUGUAUUAAAAA